UCGUGUGUCAAACGACGAUCGAGCCAACGCCGGAUCGAGCUAGUAGCUGUUAGCUGUUAGCUGUUUCGUCUCUAAUUUCGCCCUCAUAAGAUAUUAUGCGCGAUUGAUCUUCAAAGAUGUCUAUGUCCCACCUUUAUGGACGGAGAGGGGAGGAAGAAGAGCAGGAGGGAGUGGAGAUUGAGAGCUUCGAGGUGACAGACUGGGAUCUGGCCAACGAGUUCAACCCAGACCGUCGCAGAUUCAGGCAGUCAAAAGAGCAGGCCACCUAUGGCAUCUGGGCUGAGAGAGAUUCAGAUGAGGAUGAGAGGCCAAGCUUUGGAGGAAAGAAAUCGAAAGACUACACUCUUCCAGUGAACUUUGUGAGUGGUGGACUGCGCAAGAGCGCAGCUGAGGAGAAACAGCAACAAAAAGAAGGAGACCAUUCUGGCGAUGAUUAUGAUGAUGAUGAUGAUGCCGUGCCACCAGCCCCUAUUCCUCCUCAUGGCACUGCACCCAAAAAACUGCAGAUGGGUAAUUUCAGCAGGAACCAGACACAGAGGUUUGCAGGAGGCAUACAGUCUGGAAAAGGCAUCGGUAACUGGGAGAAGCACACAAAAGGAAUUGGACAGAAACUUCUUCAGAAAAUGGGAUACCAGCCAGGCAAAGGCUUGGGCAAAAAUGCACAAGGAAUUGUCAACCCCAUUGAGGCAAAGGUCCGUAAAGGCAAGGGAGCAGUGGGUGCUUAUGGCAGUGAGCGAACACAGCAGAGUCUUCAGGAUUUUCCUGUGGUGGACUCAGAAGAAGAAGAGGAAAAGGAGUUUCAGAAGGAGCUUGGCCAGUGGCGUAAGGAUCCUGCAGGGUCUGCAGGAAAGAAGAAACCCAAGUAUUCUUAUAAAACUGUAGAUGAGCUAAAGGCUAAGGGCAAACUGGUAGGACGAAGCACUGCAACAUCUGCUGGAGAGCUAGCACAGGUCAAGGUGAUAGAUAUGACUGGAAGGGAGCAAAAGGUAUACUACAGUUACAGUCAAAUGACCAACAAGCACAGUGUUCCUGAUGAAGGCCCACCAGGCAUUUCCACCAGGGAUCAGAAAUCAUCUGGCUUUGGUUUGCCCGAACUUGAACAUAACCUGCAGCUGCUGAUAGACCUUACGGAGCAGGACAUAUUACAGUCCGCCAGACGACUGCAGCAUGAAAAAGAUGUCGUUGUUUCACUGAGCCACGAGUCAAAAGCACUGCGGAGCAGACUGGAUGCAGAGCAAGAUGCCAUUCAAAGAAUGGAGGCCAUACUGGAGCUGGUGGACCGGUUUCCUUCUGGGGAGACUGCACCUGGGGAGGGACCUACCCUGCAGGAGUGUGCCCAUAUCUUUGAGACAUUACAAACAGACUAUUAUGAAGAAUACAAGACAAUGGGAUUAGCAGAUUUGGCUGUAGCUGUUGUUAAUCCAUUACUCAAAGAGAAACUUCGUUCCUGGGACCCACUGAAGGACAGUGCUUAUUGUCUGGAAGACAUUGGUCAGUGGAGAGCAAUCCUUGAAUCAAGAGACAUGCAUUCCAGUGCUCCGGAUUCAAAUAUGGACGCUUACCACAGGCUUUUGUGGGAAGUGUGGAUCCCAGUGAUGCGGUCAUGUGUGUCAGGCUGGCAGCCCCGUACAGUUGGGCCAAUGGUAGAUUGUGUUGAAGUGUGGGCUCCUAUUCUUCCCCUGUGGAUUCUAGAUCACCUUUUGGAGCAGCUGAUCUUACCCCGGCUACAGCGAGAGGUGGACAACUGGAACCCUUUAACUGACACAGUGCCCAUCCACUCCUGGAUCCACCCUUGGCUGCCUUUGUUCCAAUCACGUUUAGAGCCUCUGUACCCGCCCAUCAGGAGCAAACUGUCCAGUGCAUUGCUGCGGUGGUAUCCCAGUGACACCUCGGCCCGCCUCAUCCUGCAACCAUGGAAAGAUGUUUUCACUCCAGGUGCAUGGGAGGCCUUCAUGGUGAAAAACAUAACCCCAAAGCUAGCAUUGUGUCUGGAAGAGUUGGUUAUCAACCCUCACCAGCAGCAGAUGGAGCCAUUUCACUGGGUGAUGGACUGGGAGGGCAUGAUGUCCCCAUCAAGUCUUGUGUCUCUGCUCGACAAAAACUUCUUUACAAAGUGGUUGCAGGUCCUGCGUUUAUGGCUGAGCAACAGUCCCAACUAUGAGGAAGUCACUGAAUGGUACCUUGGCUGGAAAGGCAUGUUCAGUGAAAUGUUGUUGGCACAGCCACUCAUAAAGGAGAAGUUCAGUGAAGCUUUGAAGAUCCUGAACAAUGCAGUGUCUUCAGGCAUGGGUGGAUAUAUGCAACCCGGUGCAAGGGAGAACAUCGCAUAUCUCACUCAGACAGAGAUGAGGAAGGACUUGCAUUACGAAGCGAUGCAGGAGCGCAGAGAUGCAGAGAGUGUGACUCACAGGGGCAUCGGCAUCGGCACUAGCGGCCAACCGCUCUUUAAAGAUCUUGUUCAGGGCAAGGCAGAUGAAAACAACAUUGUCUUUAUGCCUUUAAUGGCCAAACGGCAUGAGGGUAAACAGCUGUACACAUUUGGGCGCAUCGUCAUCUACUUAGAUAGGGGGUUUGUGUUUGUGCAAGGAGAGAAGACUUGGGUGCCCACGUCUUUGCAGAGUCUGAUUGAUAUGGCCAAGUGAGAAUGCAUUGACCAAUUUCUGUCAGGUGUAAAAGAGUGUGAGCUGUUUUCUUGCCCAAGGACCACUGAGCUACCCCCUCAGCCCCUGUUGUUUAUAACACCAGUUAUUUGAGACUAAGAAAUCUUUGUAAAACUGUUGGGAAAUGUAAAUAAUAAACUCUUUUUUGAAUAUA